AUGUUAGCCUUGGAGAGUUCUGCUGCUCUGAGUGGUUCGAAGAAACGCUUCCAGAGGAAUGAAGUUCGCCAAAGCGGUAAAAAGUUACAUUAUGAACAGCCGUUCUCUUGCCCUAACAUCAUCGAAGAACAUCUCCCCGAGAGUCAGUGUGGUUUCAGAGCCAACAGAGGCACAAUUGACAUGGUCUUUGUUCUCAUACAGCUACAAGAGAAAUGUCGGGAACAGAACAUAGGUUUGUACGUGACAUUUGUCGAUCUCACAAAAGCGUUGGACACCGUGAGCAGGAAAAGCCUGUGGGAGAUUAUGAAACGUCUAGGAUGCCCCCAAAAGUUCCUCAGCAUGGUUAUCCAACUACAUGAAGAUCAGCGUGGACAGGUCAGCAACGACCUUUCAAAGUUGUUUCCAAUAAGUAACGGCGUGAAACAAGGUUGUGUCCUCGCACCAACCCUCUUCACGAUCUUUUUCAGCAUGGUGCUCAAACAGACCACUGAAGAUCUCAGUGACGAUAAUGGUAUCUACAUAAGAUACCGCUUUGAUGGCAGCCUAUUCAACCUGAGGCGUCUACAGUCCCACACCAAGACAUUAAAGCAACUCAUCAGAGAGCUCCUAUUUGCAGACGACGCCGCCCUCGUUGCCCACACAGAAGCGGCCUUGCAACGUAUAACGUCCUGCUUUGCUGACUACACAGCUCUUCAGUCUAGAAAUUACAACAUCAACAUCAGUUUGACAGAACUGAAGUCAGUCCAUCAGUUCAGCUACCUAGGCUGCACCAUCUCAUCUGAUGCCAAAAUCGAUAAGGAGAUUGGCAACAGACUUGUAAAGGCAAACAGUGCUUUCGGCAAGCUACAAAAGAGUGUGGAACAACUAACACCUGAAGAAAGAUACAAAGAUCAGUGUGUACAGAGCUGUUGUACUAACCACCCUGUUGUACGGCUCCGAAAUUUGGGUUACCUACCGACAUCACAUACGACUGCUUGA